GGACUCAACAACAGCUUACAGCACAACAUGCUUUGGAGAAAGAGGCUUUGGAGAAGAUUAAAACAGAAAUUGAAGAGGAGCUAAAACGUCUCGAUGAAGAAAUCUUGGAAGCAUUUACCACUACAGGAUUUGACUGCCACACUUCCCCAGUGUUCAGUCCUGCCAACCCAGAGAGCUCAAUAGAAGACUGCCUGGCUCAUCUCGGGGAGAAAGUGUCCCAGGAACUGAAAGAACAUCUGCACAAAGCACUGCAGAGCUUGCUUAGCAAGCCGGUGACAUAUCAAGAGUAUCGAGAACGCACACAAGAGACAGCUGCUCAUGCCAGUGGAUGGAACAAGGUCUUGGUACCCCUGGUUCUGCUACAACAGUUUCUGAUGGAGUUAACAAGACAGGGCCAGGAGCCACUGAGUGCACUUGUGAACUUCGGGGUGACAUAUCUAGAAGACUAUUCUGCAGACUAUAUCAUUCAGCAAGGAGGAUGGGGGACGGUCUUCACUUUGGAAUCCGAAGAGGAAGAGUACCCCGGGCUCAUCGCAGAGGACAGUAACGACAUCUACAUCCUGACCAGUGACAACUCGGGACAGGUGAGCCCCCCGGAGUCCCCCACAGUGACCACGUCGUGGCAGUCGGAGAGCCUGCCCGUCUCCCUGUCGGCGAGCCAGAGCUGGCACACAGAGAGCCUGCCGGUCUCCCUGGGACCCGAGUCCUGGCAGCAGGUGGCCAUGGAUCCCGAAGAAGUCAAAAGCCUGGACAGCAACGGAGGGGCUGAAGAAAGGAGCGAGAACAACUCUUCCAACUCGGAUAUUGUUCACGUGGAGAAGGAAGAGAUACCGGAGGGGAUUGAGGAAGCAGUGGUGUCAGCCGUCGCUGCAGAGACCACGCAGGUGGUGUUUCCAGAAGCCCCAGCUUCUUUACAGGAAGCAAAAGCUCAAGCUAAAAGCGCUGCUGUUGAAGAAGCGCAUCCCUCCACGCUUCUGCGUACAAAACAGGAGGAAAAGGGAAAGGCGGCUGAAGAGCUUGUUGAACCUGAAAUCCCUGUAUUAAGUAAACCUGUCCCAAAGUUAGCCCCAUCAGAAGAAAAGGCUGCACCCGAACCUGAGAAAAUACUGCUUCCAGGGGAAAAAAAAGUGGGGAAAGAGGGUCGUUUGGAAGAAAUCGAAGAGAAAUCCUCCGCUGCGGAGGAGAAGCCUAUCUUAUUGCCCGAAGGGAAAUCUAUAUUGCUGUACGGUGGGGCUGCUGCGGUGGCUAUAUUGGCUGUAGCAGUCGGAGUAGCGCUGGCGCUUAGAAAAAAAUAAUGGAGCUCUCCUGAGGAGGAGGAGGAGGAGGGGGGAGAGAGGAGAGAGCACGAUCCGAUUUUUGUAGUUGUGUUACCUAAAGGUUGAGCUACCUGCUGUUUAAUUGGACAUCUGAGUAACUUAACGGUGACGGGGUGAGGUUGUUCAAUAAGCCUCCAGCUAUGGACAAUCACGUUUUUAGUAGAACUGGGGCGGGGACUGGUUUUUCGUGAUUAAAGUACAGGGGUAUUUUUAAAAAAAAAAAAUAAAAAAAAUUCUGCAAAU